GUUAAAUCCAUCUUGUAUUUAAUUAUUAAUAGCGCUAAUGGAAAUAAAUAUAGAGCAAUACUUGUAAUUGUAAAAUAAUAUUAAUUAAACACGAGAAAAUCCGGGAGCGAGAACUGUCUGAUAAGCAAAUAAUUUAACUCAAAUAAAUUACAAGUGAAUGUUGGUCUAUAUAAAGAAGAAUAUCCCAGAUACUGAGAUAGUUUUAACAAAAGACACGGCAUUGAUAUUUUCUAUUGUUAAAAAUUAUAUUGAAUUUAAUAGUCAACAUGUCAAUGAUACAUAUAUUGAGUUUUAUUGGAUGGCUUUUAAUGGGUAUAGAAUUAAGUAUCACUCAAAGAUAUAAUUGGCCGCAUGACGCACAAUCAAUGUACAAAAUAUUAAAACCCGCAUCUUAUAGAAUACCUAAAUAUCCAUCAAUUAUUUAUGUCACUACGCCUCAACACAAAGAGUCCGAUGACGAUUACAUGGACUAUCCAAUGUACUCAUUUAAUUACGGAGUAGCUGAUGGGCAUACGGGCGACUCAAAGUCAGCUUGGGAAGAAAGAAACGGUGAUGCUGUACGUGGUGAGUACUCAUUAGCAGAAGCAGAUGGAUCUAUCCGUACAGUAACUUACACAGCAGACGAUAAAAAUGGAUUUAAUGCUGUUGUUACCAAAACUUUACCACAAAACCCUUACUGACAAUAAUCUUACAUCUCAAGUAAAAAAUUAAUUAUUAAAUUACAACUACCCAUUUAAAUUAUUUUAUUUUAUUUAUAAGAUAUUUAAUUUUUUUAAUUAACUAUUUAAUUAUAAAUAUCAGAAUUAUAUUUUUAAUACAAAAAGUAUUUUUAACUUAUUUAAAUCACGCGUCAAAAAAUUUUA